AUGGCUGCUGCUCCUGGUCAGACGCUCACCAUCACUGGGCCUAAUGGCCAACCCCAACUCGUAUCUCUCAUUCCCCUUCCUAUCACGGCAUCAGAGUUGGCUUUGGCCCUUUCUAAUCUCCCGCCGCCUCCAGUCGAGGGUGAAGUAUCCUCAUUUCCUGCCAGCGCUACCCCUGGCCGACCCAAAGUCACUGCCGCUGAUAGAAAACCCAUCACUUUCAAAGAGAUCCUGGUGUGUAUCCGCCGAAAGGUUGAAGCCGACACCGAGCAAAACAAGAACCGGAGACGGGAGUUGUUUUUGGAUAAGAAGAAGCGAAGGGUCCCAACAGAUGAGCUUGUUGGUGGUGGUCUGGUCAAGAAGCUGAAAUAG